CCCGCAUCUGCCAAGCGACUCCGGCCUGCCUAGUGUAUAGCAAAUGCGGGGGAGGGGUGAGCGCGGAGGAUUCCCGAGGAUCACAAGUUACGGUCAGCGACUAAUCAAUGAUGGCGCGCGCUGUAAUCCUAUACCAGAUAAGCGGCGUGGCUGGUCUCUUCAUCAUAAAGUGCCGGAGACCAAGAGAUAACAAAGCUCGUCUUCGUACAAUCUUAUUUCUGCCUUUCUUAUCUCAACGUCAAGAAUCUUGUCUCCGAAGUUUUGCUUGUAUAUUACGAUGAGUGCUACGCUUGAGAAGCCGGAUGUGAUCGAGAUUGAUCAGGCUGGCGGUCGGACAGAGAAAGAUGUAAUCGGCCAAAUCGAUGCCAUGGCCACUGCGCCUGGGGUUACUUAUGAAUCAUUCGCGCAUCUGGAUGAAAAGAAGAUUCUGAGGAAGAUGGAUAUUCGUCUGAUACCGAUGCUGGCUUUAUUAUAUCUGCUCUCCUUCCUCGACCGUGGAAAUAUCGGAAACGCAAAGAUCGAAGGCUUGCAAGAGGACUUGAAUAUGACGGAUGACCAAUACAACUUAUGCCUUACUGUCUUCUUCUUCGCUUAUGCUGCCUUUGAGGUGCCGAGUAAUCUCCUUCUAAAAAAGCUUCGUCCGAGUAGAUGGCUACCUUCGAUUAUGGUAGCAUGGGGAGCUGUCUUGACGCUGAUGGGGAUCGUGCAGAACUUUCAAGGUCUUCUCAGUACGCGGCUGUUUCUUGGUGUUACUGAAGCAGGAUUAUAUCCUGGGUGUGCUUAUUAUCUCACGAUGUGGUAUUGUCGAAAGGAGCUGCAGCUUCGACAAGCAAUGUUCUUUUCAGCAGCAUCGGUUGCGGGGGCAUUUAGUGGGUUGUUGGCUUUUGCCAUUGCAAAAUUAGAUGGGCUCGGUGGCCUCGAGGGCUGGCGCUGGAUUUUCAUUCUCGAAGGUCUCGCUACGGUUGUCGUUGCUGUUGCCGCAUUCUUCCUUCUCUACGACUUUCCAGAGACGGCGACAUUUCUCACUGAAGAAGAGCGAGCUUUUGUCAUUUUCCGACUUAAGUAUCAAGGUCAUACAGAAGGCAAGGAAGAAGGUAACGUACGGGUUUCUGAAACCGAAGACUUCGAGUGGAAAUAUGUUUGGGCGGCAUUCAAAGACUGGCAAAUCUGGGUUAAUAUCUUUGUUUAUUGGGGAAUCGUCUGUCCCCUCUACGGAAUUAGUCUCUUCCUACCCAGCAUUAUCAAGAACCUAGGCUACGUUUCAUCCACGGCACAGCUCCUCACAGUCCCGAUCUACGUCACUGCGUCGAUUUUGGCCGUGGUUGUGGCAUACUUUUCCGAUAGGGUGGGCAAGAGAAGUCCGUUCGUCAUUGGAUGUCUGAUUGUCAUACUUGUUGGAUACAUCCUCUGCAUCUCCACUGGCACUCCCGGCGUCGUAUACGCUGGUGUCUUCAUAGCCGCAGCUGGCAUCUACCCGGCAUUUGCAGGAAACAUCACCUGGCUAUCUAAUAAUCUCGCUGGAAGCUAUAAACGCAGUGCAGGUAUGGCGAUUCAGAUCGGGGCAGGCAACCUAGGCGGGGCAUUCGCGUCGAACUUUUACAGGCAGAGGGAUUCCCCGAGAUACAUCCUUGGACACGCCCUGGAGUUAGCUUUUGCGAGCGUUGGCCUUGUCGCGGCGGGUAUACUUAUCGUGAAUUAUAUGCGUAUCAAUAAGAAGAGGGCAAAGAUUGUAAGGGAAGGCGGACAUAACGAGUUCACGCCGGAAGAACUGUCUGCGCAGGGUGAUAGGGCAGUGACAUUCCGCUAUGUGUAUUGAGCUAUGUGUGUACACUAUACUACGUAGAUAACCAUUAUACCCAACAUCGGAAGCUUGGGCAAAGCUUAGCUGAAUUGAAGACUUCAAAGGCCAAA